GGCUGGGGUGGAGGGCGGGACAGAGGGGUUGGGCCCAGGCGAAGCUCCUGUCGCUGCUGCAGCUGAGGACGAGGACGAGGCCGGGACCUGGACCGGGCCGGGAGUGCGGGACGUGGAGAAGUAGGAGGCGAGGUCUACCGGAGCUUCGAGCUCCCGCCGCUCUGCCGCUCUGUGACCCCCUCACCCAAGCGCCGUCCGACCCGUGGCUAUUCUUGAGGCGAUUGGUGGGGUCGCGGCGGCAGCGGUUGGGGGUGGGGAAAGGCGCGGCGAGGAGACGAAAGAGGUCAGCGAGUUUGAGGGAGGACCGAGAGCUGUGCCGCCGUCAUGUCCGAGGAGUCGAGUGCCCUGCCCUGGUCCAUCAACAGGGACGAUUAUGAGCUGCAGGAGGUGAUAGGGAGUGGAGCAACGGCUGUGGUCCAAGCAGCAUAUUGUGCCCCUAAAAAGGAGAAGGUGGCAAUCAAACGGAUAAACCUUGAGAAAUGUCAAACUAGCAUGGAUGAACUCCUGAAAGAAAUUCAAGCCAUGAGUCAGUGCCAUCAUCCUAACAUUGUGUCUUACUACACAUCUUUUGUGGUAAAAGAUGAGCUGUGGCUAGUCAUGAAGCUGUUAAGUGGAGGGUCUGUUCUGGAUAUCAUUAAGCACAUUGUGGCCAAGGGGGAACACAAAAGUGGAGUCCUCGAUGAACCUACCAUUGCUACAAUACUCAGAGAAGUGUUGGAAGGGUUGGAAUACCUGCACAAAAACGGACAGAUUCACAGAGAUGUGAAAGCUGGAAAUAUUCUUCUUGGAGAAGAUGGCUCAGUACAGAUUGCAGACUUUGGGGUUAGUGCUUUUUUAGCAACUGGUGGUGAUAUUACCCGAAAUAAAGUAAGAAAGACCUUUGUUGGAACCCCUUGCUGGAUGGCACCCGAAGUUAUGGAACAGGUCCGAGGUUAUGAUUUCAAAGCUGACAUCUGGAGUUUUGGGAUCACAGCAAUUGAACUGGCCACAGGGGCAGCUCCUUACCAUAAGUAUCCGCCAAUGAAGGUUUUGAUGCUGACACUGCAAAAUGAUCCUCCUUCUUUGGAAACUGGUGUUCAAGAUAAAGAAAUGCUGAAAAAAUAUGGAAAAUCAUUUAGAAAAAUGAUUUCGUUAUGUCUUCAAAAGGAUCCUGAAAAAAGACCAACAGCAGCAGAACUGUUGAGGCACAAAUUUUUCCAAAAAGCCAAGAAUAAAGAGUUUCUUCAAGAAAAAAUAUUGCAGAGAGCACCAACCAUUACUGAAAGAGCUAGAAAGGUUCGGAGAGUACCAGGUUCCAGUGGCCGUCUUCAUAAGACAGAAGAUGGCGGUUGGGAGUGGAGUGAUGACGAAUUUGAUGAAGAAAGUGAGGAAGGGAAAGCAGCAAUAUCACAACUCAGGUCUCCCCGAGUGAAAGAAUUAUCAAAUUCUGAGCUGUUUCCAACACCUGAUCCCGAGGGUACUGUACUUCAAGUUCCAGAACAGAUUUCUGGUCAUCUACCUCAGCCUGCACAGCCAACUCAAGUCUCUCUCCAGCACCCCACAGAGCCAGCAAAAACAGCUCAGGCUGAUUCUUCAGGAGCAAGUUCACAAGAAACCAGGAUCCCCAUCAGUCUAGUACUAAGAUUAAGGAAUUCAAAAAAGGAACUAAAUGAUAUUCGAUUCGAAUUUACUCCUGGGAGAGAUACAGCGGAAGGUGUCUCUCAGGAACUCAUUUCUGCUGGCCUGGUCGAUGGAAGGGAUUUAGUAAUAGUGGCAGCUAAUUUGCAGAAAAUUGUGGAAGAACCCCAGUCAAAUCGAUCUGUCACUUUCAAACUGGCAUCUGGUGUCGAAGGCUCGGAUAUUCCCGAUGAUGGUAAACUAAUAGGAUUUGCCCAGCUCAGCAUCAGCUAAAUCACAGCCCUGGAAGAGGCGGCCUAAGGAGAUCCCACACAUGCGUAUCUCUGUUGCUUCUGUUGGCCUAAACCCACUACUGCCAAAGAACCCAGCAACAAACCUCCCAGCUAGGAGCUUUAGAGGUCUUUCUUUAUGUUAUUCCUGCCAUCAUUCCCCCUUUUUCCCACAGGGAAAGAAAAGUUGGAUCACCAGUGGCCAGCAUCCCUUUAAAGAGUUCCGUUUGUAAACUUACUGCACAUGUCCCCUGUCUUCCUCCAUCUGAGAAGCGGCCCGUGUGCUUCAAGGCACAGGAGGGAGAUUUCUCAGCUCAUCUUGCCUUACUCCAGUGAUGACACUGGGUGGAAAGUAGCAGCUAUAUUGGGCUUCCUCAUGCUGCCUGUUCUCCCACACCUGACAGGAUGUGGGCAUUUUGGGAUAUCUCUUUACCCCACUGAAGUAGCAAUUAGAAGUUGAUUGUUUAUCUGGAGCCCAGAGAAUUUAAUUUAGGGUUUGUUUGGUUUUUUUGUUUUUUUGUUUUUUUGUAUCUGAUGUGAAUUCUAGCAACCUUUGUUAGGAAAAAGCACAGCCUCAGAUGGAGGCAGCCUAAACUGUGUUCUAGUUUUGUUCAUGAUGUUUCUAAGCGUUUUGCUGAAGCUGCUCUCAGGCACCCCUCUUCACCACUCCCUCCAGAAAGGGUUGCUAGCCUUAACUUCAGCUGGUGCAAAACAUCUGACUGUAGUCAGACUUCAGCCAUCAGAUCCUUCAAAGGAAAACUUCAGACUGUUUUUAGAGAAAACAUCAAGGAAUGGAUUGUACACGUGAAUUUUCCCAGCAGUGGUUUUUGAACAGGAAAAAUCAUAACUCAUUUCAUUGUGGAAGUAUUUAUUUUCAGAAUUUAAAAAAUGAAAUUGAAGAAAAACUGCUCCUCAUUCCUCCCAUGAAAAUCAAUUUGCCUGGCCUCCAAGUCAUGAGGAAAUGCAAGGCUGAGAUUUCUGCAGCAAUAAAGGAGAUUCACACUGGGCCCGAGAGGCCUGCCUUCGGCCCCCUCGCCUGCACUGACCCUUUGGAGGGGGUCCCCACUGCGGUGCGCUGAACCUGACCCAAGGCGGAAAGGGAAACCACAUGUGCCGUGACUUUUAGGAUUUAUGAGUAGACAGUGUUCAUUUGAUUUUCUACAGAAAUAAUAUAAAUUAUUCUUUAGGUUUUUAAAAAAGAGCACUCAUAAUGCAAUAUGUGAAUUAUCAGUGGGGUUAAUUUUUUUUUUGUCCUACUGUUUCACAGCCUUUGCCUAACUGCAAAUAGCCCUAACAAGUUUUGUAUAUGAAAGGUGUCCUCAAUCUGGCCUUAAAACAACACACAGAGGGACUGUGGCCCCAUGAAAAAGGGAGAGUUGCCUCUUACAGAAUGGCUUCAGCCCUUUCCAGCAUUGUUGGUCUAUGAAUAACAAGAUGGCUUCACCUAGUUUUCUCUUGUAGCAUCUCUGAAAGCUUUCCCCACAGCUGACUUGCUAAAGUUCUUAUUUCAUCCUGAGCUUAUAGUUUUAGUCCUGGGCUUGCUUCACCUACUCUGGAUGCAAAGGCAUGUUGGGAAGGAAUGGACGUGGGGGAGAGGGUAAGGGCAUGAAUUGGAGAUGAGCGUUGGGAAGUAGAUUAGAGGAUCAGACACCAAAGCCUAUGAUCCCAGCAGGAUUGUUAACAGGAGGGAGCCUGCUGAGGCUGGAGAGAGUAAAGAAGAUGGAUUAGAUUGCUGGAAAAAAUAUUUAGCUUCCCUUUCUUUCUUUCCUUCUUUCUUUCUUCCUUUCUUUCUUUUCUCUUGGAGGCAGGUUGAGGGAGGACAGGGAGAUGUUGGAAUAGGUAUGAAAAAAAGAUAGUGUCCUCUUUGGCACAAGACUAGUGGCUUGCCUUAGAGUCUGUUUUGGUGGCAAGCAAGCCCAUCAUAAUGUAGUUAUGAAUCCAAGAGGUGGUAGCAUCACUCUGUUCUAGCUUUCUGUUUGGAGAUGGUCUAAAGCCCAGGCUGGGAGGAAGCGGCAGCCCACCCUCCUGUUCCAUUUCUCCAGCCGGCCGUUACCUUUGAACUGCAGUGGGACAGGCAUGACAGUAGAAGUGGGCUAGGGCUUUCUCUUUCCUUUCAGUUCGUUUUUUGCCCUGCUGGGAAUUAGGAGUCAGACACCAAACCCAGGACAGUGUUAUUUUUCUUCUGCAUGAUGUAUGGUGGACUCCCUUUGCUGCCUUAUGCAGUGAUGCUGAGAAAAUAAGUGAACAGAAACUUGCCAGGUGGGACAGCAUGUGACCUAGUAAGCGACCUGGCUCCUCUCCAGGAGUGGUGGUUCAAGGUACACCUCUGUCCUGAGGUCCCCAGGAUCACUGGCCCCUGGGGUAGGGACUAACUUUAGCACAAGGUAACAUGUGCCAAUGCUAUUUGUCAAAUGUGUGGUCUUUCUAAAUGACUAAUGGAUUUGUUUGGGGUUUUGCUUCAGUUUUGAACCAAAUCUAGAGCCAGAUGAUACUAUUUGAUAAUCUGGAGGAUAGAAUAAUGGUGUAUCAAUAAGUGGAGGUUCCUCCUCGUGACGUACGCUAGAUUAUGGAAGAUGUGAAAUAUUUGACUUUUUCCCCCUUUUUUGGACUUUGU